AAGAUAUUGUUGGCAGGAAAAAGAAACAGAUCAAUACGGACUGAUCUUUUUAUCCGCUGGUUUCCUGUAAGUCAGAUUUCAGCUGAUUUCUUUACUGUAAAUGGGCAGGAGAUUCAUUUUCUGGUUCCAGUGCUUCGGCUGGGGGUUAGAUCCCUGUGUUGUUUCCUUUUGUUCUCUGUAUAAACCACCGGCAUGUAACUUUGGGGGAACUAAGGUCUCCUUUUAUUUGAUUAGGCAACGGAAGGAUGAGCUGGAACAGAGGAUGUUUGCGUUGCAGGAGAGCCGACGAGAGCUUAUGGUUCAGCUGGAAGGAUUUAUGAAGCUGCUCAAGGAGGAGGAACAAAGACAUCAGGCCGGAGGAGCUCCAAUAAAGUAACACUGCCAGGGGGUGGAAGGGGGUGCAGGUUCUGCCACUCAAACUCUUCAUAAAUGCAGCAAACGGUGAAGCUGAUUGGUUGGCAGCCUGAGUCCAGCAGCAGCAGCAGCGCAGGGAAAGCUCCAGUCCUUCCAUGUCCAGCAGGGGGCGCUGUGUCACUUUCCCAGCCAUUCUCUACAAGUCCACGACUGUUACUGAACAUUGGAACCAACC